GCUGGUUUUUCCGCAAACGUUCUUCAGGACAUUCCGUGCAAGCUCUUGGGUGUUGUUGAGGAAGACAGCGCACUCUACAGCUGUUAUUUACGACUUCUGAUUGCUUAAUUGUUAACAUAUUGCCGGUAAUCCAUUAAAGUCGUGGCUGUCUUGGGCAUGACAUGGCCAACAUGACAACGUAGAAGGGCAGCCGCACGUGGAUUUGCAACGCGUCCUUAAGGUUAUCGGCUCUUAAAAAGCUCCGAAAACCGACUUGCCCGACGGGAAAUGGAGCAGCUGUCGGCGCAGCUUGCGGCACCGGCCAAGGCAGAGCGCAAGGUCACCGUUCUCCAAAUUGCAGGAAUUCCUGUUGAAUUCCCGUUUGAGCCGUACCCAUGUCAGCGGGACUUCAUGGAGUCAGUGAUCACCGCCCUGCAACAGGGCAAGAACGCCCUGCUUGAGAGCCCCACCGGUACCGGCAAGACCCUGUGCCUGCUGUGCUCCACGCUGGCGUGGAGGGAGUCGCUGAAGCCCCCCGCUCCCGACCCCGCAGCUGCCGCCGCAGCCGCCCUCGCCCAGCAGGCGGGGGGGCUGAUGGGGCUGGG